AUGUCUUCUUUUGCCUCCUUCUGGCUUAUGUUGAUCAAUUCCUUAUGGAUUAGUCAUGGCCAACAACCUGCUGUAAGUGACGUCAUUGAUACUCCCGCCAUUAUGGCAGGUGAUGUCGUCAUUGGAGGUCUCUUCGAUAUAUACUACACCAAACAGCGCGUGAACUGUGAUGUCAGUUCCGUGGAUGUGUAUUCUGUCAUGGAGAUGGAAGCUGUAAAAUGGGCCUUAAAGCGCCUAAAUGACAUCGACUUCAUACCUGGAGUCACUUUGGGAAUCUUAGCCUAUCCAACCUGUGGGGUACCAUCCUUGUCUGCUCUCCAAGCCAAUAAGUUUCUUCAGCUUUUACGUGAAAACAAAACACCAAACAAAACCAACAAACCAGUGUGUAUUAAAGCUGUAAUCGGGCCAGCUUUUAGUUCUGAAUCUGAAGUUGUAUCCCGGAUGUUAAGUACAGUUCCGGACGAGUACCAACUCCUUCAGAUGUCAUAUGCCUCGACAGCCGCUUUCCUGACAGACGUAACAAACGCCAAGCUUUAUCCCAACUUCUUUAGAACCAUUCCAUCCGAUCAAAUACAGAUAGAGGCAAUAGUUCAACUCUUAGUUCGUUUAGAAUGGUCAUACAUUGGUAUAUUUCAUUCCGGUGAUGCUUAUGGCACGGAUGCAGCGAGUGAACUGAGUGAAGCCCUUGCAAGGAAACGAAUUUGUGUGGCAGCCACGUAUACCUGUAACAACGUACAUUCUAAAUUACGGAAUCAUUAUCAUGAAAUUCUACUCAAUAUCACUACUCUAAAAAUAAAAGGGAUUGUGCUUAUUGGAGACGCUGAAAUGGCGCUUGCAUUUAUAGAAAGCAUUGGAACCGGUUCUUUUAUUCAGUAUCACCCAAUACCAUCCAUAAUCUUUUCAGAAAGCAUUGGUUUACAGACUCAAACCUUCAUUAACUCAGAUUCCGGUCAAGUAUUUCCAGCAACGAAGGGAGCAUUUGUUCUUUCACCCCCACACAAAGAAAUACGAGAAUUUUCAGAGCAUUGGAAUUCCCUCUUCUUCAAUGAAAGCAAGUACAAAGAGGAAGUUAUCUCCAAUCCUUGGCUUGAACAUAUGUACAUUGCAAAACAUAAAUAUUCAAAUGCCAAAAACUUCCUGACAAAGUAUCCAGCGUCAACUUUUCUGCGAUACGCGAUCAUGGCAACAUACAGCGUCGCCAAAAUAAUCAAAGAUAUACACCGUGAUAUCUGCUCAGGAAGGAGAGGAUUAUGUACCGAUAUGAAAGAAAAUCGAGGAGCAGAGGCAAUAGCAACAGCGGCAAGAACUGUUGUGGAUUUUGAGAAGGAUUUUGAUCAGAAAGCAAGGUUUGAAAACAUAACAGAGCACAUUUCAUUCUCUAAAGGUGGUGAUGUAAACUUCCACAAGAGCAACUUAUUAUACGAGGUUUACAAUUAUCAUGCUCCUAACAAAAGUGGAGACUUCGACUUUGUCAAAGUAGCGUCAUUAAAGAAAGUUGAAAGCUUGGUAAAAGAUCAAACAACAGAGUUUUUAUUCUCAAAAGACAAAGUCAAGUUCUACAAUGACCAGGGAAUGCCUGUUGAGGAAGUAAAGUCUGUCUGCCAGCCUAAUACAACCUGCACAAAAUGUCUUCUACAUCAAGACAACAAAUCCCCCUUGUACAUACCUGGUGAUUUCAUUGUGGUUGUUACGUUUCCAAUCCAUGACAGGUCAACGAAGCCUCUUCACUGUGGCCCCAUCAGGCGCUCAAUUGGUCUCGAUGUAGCAUUAGGUGCAAAGUUUGUGAUAGAAAAACUGAACAGAGAGAAUGAAAUUUUUCCAAACAAACAGAUUGGUCUCCUCCUUCUGGAUACUUGCGAUGACCCUUUGCUGACCUCAGACAGCAUUUUGGAGCUUCAUCAGCUACAUGGAAAACUGAACGACAUUGUUCCGGGUAUAUCUGAUAAGAUAUUGGGAUACGCUGGUGGAUUUUCAAGUACUCCGACACUACAGGUAGCAGAAAUCACAACUGAGCUAAAAAUGGUUCAGGUUAGUUGCUGUGCUACUUCCGACUUAUUGAGUGACAGACUUAACUAUCCAUACUUCGUUGGUUUGGCAACUCCGCUAAACUACACCACGCAAGUUAUGCUGAAGAUGGUUCAGAAGUUAGGGUCUACACAUAUUCAAGUUCUCUUCUCAGACGGAAAAUAUGGCGAAUCUGCUGUCAGACUGAUCAAGAAUCUUGCUCCUAGCUUUAACAUUUGUGUUUCUCAAACAGUUCAAGUUGACUAUGAUGACAACAGCAUCAACAAUAUUGUUGGGGAAUGGCAACACGGCCGUGAUGACAUUUAUUUCGAGGUAGAACGUCACGGUCUUAAAAUCUAUCCUUCUGAACCCAUUUGUGAAGAUGUUAUAAAAUCUAUACAAAAGAGUGUUAUCAAGGAAGAAAACAGCAACGCUAUGAAACUUAUCAAAACAAUUUUGCUGUCCAUUUUAGCGGGGAUUAUUUUUAUUCUUCUGCUAGUGUUAAUUUGUUUUUGCCAAAAGAGGUCAUAUCAAUUGUCAUCCAUGUCUUCUGUAACCACUACCAAAUCGGAGUACAAUUCUAUUGAUGAUCUCAGUAUUAUCAAUAUGAAAAGAAUAAGUUCUGACGUUUCCUUAAAACUGAGUGAGAUUUUUCACACCGAUUCUCCUUGUGGAACACCCAAACCAGUAAGAUGCACGUGUGACAUUAAAGAACACAUUUCUCAACAAAGAAAUGAAAAACUGUCAUCAAGCAACAGAAGUUCACCAAUAAUUCUGCACUUAAAGAACUUUCCAAGUCCGUCCUUGGAAAUUCCAAGUCACCGGAAAAUUUUACAUCAGAGAUUAAGAAGUGAACCUACAUUGAAAAUACCUUCGCCAAAUACCACCAGACGGUUAAACUCUGAGCCUCUACCUCCGGUUCCCAAGUUACGUACAGAUUCAGUUGAUCUGCCCUACAUUCGGGAACAUAAAUCCAGACGCCAACACUCCGAACCAACCCUGCCAACAUCUAACUUCAAUAGAUUACUGUUUCAAAACAGAAAUAGAAAGGAAAGUUUGCAAGAUCACGGCUACAUAUCUCCAAUAACAGGUCCAGAUGAGGAGGGUCUGCCGUUACGUCAUUUUCAUGAAUCAGCACAACCGGACCAGACUAAUAAAGGCAAUGUUAUGUUUGUUGUUGGAAAUCCCGAUGAGCAUGUCCAAGUGUAUUCUUGCUAAAGACUGCUAGACCUUU